UUAUUCUUUCACAAAUUUUCGCAGUGAGCAGAGCUCUUGAAAGUAGAAAAUAAAAAAAAGUAAAAAUUUAAUUCCUCUCUUUGAGUCGUUGUGUCGAGCAAUCUUUGGUUUUUCGCAUUCCCAUCUCCGCGCAAGUUGUUCCCAUAGCAAUAGAGUCUUAACUGUAACUGCUAGCCACAAGAAAGACACAAAGAAUCGCAAAUAUGGUUCCAGUUACAAAACCGAACACCAAGGAGGUGCAGUGCCAGCUCACUGCAUGUGAUGAAUCAAAGCUGCAACCUGAGGUCAUGUUGACCCCGAAAAGCGGACGUGUUGGUAUCUUCAAUGCCGAGGACUUUUUGUCCCGUGCCCAGAUGAAUGACAAGAUCAACAACAUCUUGCGUUCGCCCACCAAGGCUCCCAAUGGGGUUCGCCAGCGCUCUGUCUACACCAACAACAACCCAUCGCCGCAGACUUCGAUGCGCUUGUCUGGAACGGCUUCUUCGCUAUCAUCGCGCAUGAGCAGCAUGUCGCUGAACAGCGGCAGCGCAAGUGCAAGUGUGGGCACCAACACUGCCGUGUUGGCCAAGGAGUGUUCCAGCCAAACCAACGCUAGUUGUGGCGCUGGGUCGUAUCGAGGUAUUGGUAUGCCCAUGCAUCAAUCUCAACCAAUGCUAUCAGCCAUUGCUCCCGACCUGGAGCCCAUUGUCCAUGGUGCCAAAUCAAUGACUGCUCGCUUUGCUCCCUUUGGGUAUGAAAAUGCCAGCCCAUAUUGUCCGCCUCCGCAGCCACAAAUUCACCAUACACAACAGUUCCCAUCGCCGAUGCCUCCACCACCACAUGCCUUGGGGCGCGUCACCUCGCGCACCUUUGACUUUGAAAAUGCUCCACCACCACCACCACCCUGUCCUGGCUCUGGACCAAUCGCCAUGUCGAACGGCACCAUUCAACUGCGUCUACGCGAGGGUGUCCGCAUUGAUAUGACCUUAGAUAAGGCCGUCCGGGUUUUAAAUCAGCGCAGCAUGGUUGCUGUGUCUUUGUCCCGCAACGGCACCAAUUCAGCUUUAAUCCAUCCCAAUGGCCGGAUUCUCCAGAGCGGCUCGAAAGUGGAAAUUGUCACAUACGACGGCAUGAAGACCAACAAUUUUGUCCGAUAUGCCAAGAUGUGGUACAAGGGUGUGAGCUUCACUAGCGAGUCGUGCGCUUUAAUCUAUCUGGUAGACACCGCUGGAACACGCACUACAACCGACACUUUCACUGACCUAACCAAAGACUACACUCUGGCAGUGUUUUAUGACGACUCACGUCACGGUCCCUCCUUUGUGCCGGAUGCACAGGAGGUGAUUGCCAAAUCUUCGUACAGUUGCGCCGAUGACGGCACCGAAAUGUACGACAUCAAUGGUUUUCGCAUCAUUCAGGCUGCCGACGGCCUGGUAAAGGUUACUCGUCAGCAUAACAAAGGACUCAUUCGCACCAGUCCCGGUAAUGGAUCCGUUACUCUGACUACUCUUGGCAUUCAUUGCACUGCCUCAUUGGGAAAGACUUCGCAUCUGUUUUUGCGUCGCAAUGAGAAGCGCAUGCACUUCGAUGGAUCCAAUUUCAUAGUGCGCAAUGCCGGACACUCGGCUGGAUUUAAUGAGAACAACCUUUUGAUUGUCUACUAACUUGGAAAAUCUCCUAACACAACAGCACACUUCGUGGACACACACAUAAACACACAGAUCCACUGCAGUUAUUAGGGACCGUUACGCUGACCCAGCUAUUGAGAGGGAUAACAUAGAAAAAAUUGGAUAAACCAUAGAAAAAAAAAACAUGAAACUAAAAAUAAGGCUCGCAAAAAAGCGCGUGGAACGUAUAAGACAUCCUGACAACGAAAAACACAACACGUCUUGACAAAUUGCAAAUUGGAGGAAACGUGUUGAAAAACUUUACUAUCGAAUGUCAACCGAAUGGUUGGGUGAAUGAUCAUGGAUGUGUUUCGUUACUCGACGUAAGCGCAACGCAACUAAAAAGGAAUUCGUUUUUAGUUAAAUUUUCAUACUCGAACUUUUUGAUAUCCGUGAAAAAAAUGGUAUAUAACUUUGGGACCCGUGUCCACUGCCCUGCCUACUACUUGAAAACGCUGGCUAAAUUUGGCAAAUGUAAAAGCGCUAGCGUUUUAAUUUUUAAGGCUCAUUUCAAUAAUUAAAAAUCACGGAAUCUUUUAAUGCUAAAAAAACACAUACCGAAAAGCCUUAAAAAUCUUUUCAACAUGCAAUCAAAAUUGAAAACACAAGCGAUUUUCAACGCACAGCAUGAUAAAAUGUGUGUGUGUGUGCAACAAUUAGUAGGCAGUGGUCUUAAGAAAUGGCUGUCUCCGUGAUAAAGGGAAAGCGCCAGUAAUAUUUAUCGUUAACAGUUAAUGUUAAGAUUAGUUUGUAGUUUAAGCAAUCCAAUCUGUUCAUCCACACAAGAAAGUGAAUAUUGUUACAUGCUGAAUAGAAAAUUCAAAGUGUAUACAAAGUGAAUUGCAAAGUUAUAGAACACACGCAAAAGUGAGAAUACCUUAAGCAUUUAAGACAGAAUACAUACUAUUAUUUGAAAGCUGUCAUGUUGUGAAUUACAUGCACAUAAACACACAUAUAAAUAUAAAUAUCACCAACACGAUGAUAAGUAAAAACCUCUUACACAGCAAAACAACACCGUGCAAUACAAAAUAAACUUGGGCUUUUGUUCCAGUUAUGCCCAAGCCUCUUGUUGUUAUAGCCUUACGACAAUCUCCAACACCCUAAAUUCACGAGCAUGUAUGCAAAAUUAAUGUAUGUAUCUAAAUCAAUAAAAAAAAGUACUUAUAAUUAUUAAAAA